AGAAGAAUGAGAUCAUACUAAGUGGAGAUCCAUUUAUACUCCUUGACGCCAAAAACUUUGCGGCGAAAAAAAACAUCCUCAUUUUAUGACUCACACACUUUACAAUGAACUUUUCACCCGCUCUUCUGCGCUUGCCCUCUAAUUUUACAGUAUUCUUACACAUUUUUUCGCUUACUCGAACUCUAUCUAUUGUCUGAACAUUUUAUAAGAGGUGGAAUUGGAGCCUAAUUUAACUUUUGUGACAAAUAGACCCCCUUUAUAUAAAAAUGUGGCGCAAAAGUUAUUCUGCAUUCCAAAAAUCACGGGUUUAAUUCGAAUUCAUAUUUCACUUUCAGACCAAAGGGCUACGUUGAGGCCACAAACAAUACUUUCUGGGACAUAGGCAUUGCGAUGCUACAGCAACUGAAUCCUUUUGGUGGUACCAGGAGACCAGCAUCAAAACCUUUAGCAGCAUAUGCUGCACCGUUACCAUUACCCGGGAGGCUAGAAGAGAGAAAAUCACUCCGUCCAUAUCGUUACAAAUAAAUUAAAGUCAAGCCAAAUAAUCAGAUUAAAAUGUUUUGAAACCGUUCAACCUUAAGGACAGUGCAUUUACACGAUCGAUAGCUUACUUUGUUUACCUUUCGGUGACGAAUAUCACAAGUCACCUUUAAUGAUUAUUUUGGUAGUGAAUGCCAGCAUGGUAAAUACUAAGUUGGGAAAAUUACUUAAGUAUAACGUAACUUGAUUAGUUUUAUAGUUAACAGUUGUUUUGCGGAUUGUUUGGCAAAGCCUAGAUCAUUGAUAUAUAAUUUAGUAGAGACUGCGCUUAACCCAUUCGCCCCUGAACCGCCCGUAACCGCCCGUGCGGAUCCACGUCCUUUCUACCCUUUGUGACGUCAUCAGUUUUAACAAUCAAGGACAACUUUGUCCGCUAACUUGUGCAGAGUGAAGAGAUCUUUCAAACCAUACCAGAAUGAGCACAAUUCAGUCAAGGACACCGGAGGAAGAGGCAAAAAACCAUGUAACAUUGACCUUUCCUUUCACCUAAUCCUAAGAUCCUAAAAGCUUUCCUAAAAACUAUUCCCACCAAAAUGAAGCCUACUAAACGCCCAGCAAGAGAAAAAAAAAUGAGGCAAGAAAAGCGAAAAAAGAGGGGAGGAGAGAAAGCGAAAAGUAAAAGUCAAGACUGCUGUGUCACUUUUAAAUUGCUUUCUGUGCAUGCCCGAACUUCGCAAGCUGAUAUUUUGCACCUGGAUCAGAAGGCAGUGAUGUGUACGACCUGUAAACCGGUUUGUGGUAAGUUUUAGCUCUUUAUAGCACGACAGUGACAAGAAAACCACUCGACUAGCUUCAAAACGCGUUUUUCGGCAAAAUCUCCAGGAGCGAAUGGGUUAACUGAGCAGAAGCGCUUUUCUUUGCAUACUUCUACUAUUCUACUACAGUGGAACCUCGGUAUAGCGAACGAUUUUCUUUACCCCAGUUAUAGUAAAAUAGAUAAAAAAGAAACUCGAUAUAUAGAUAACGAAACCUCGUUAUCAGGGCGAACAAAUUUUGCCAGUCCCUUGGCCGUUCGUUAUAUCGAGGUCAUCGCCAAUGUAUAAUUAAAGAACUCGUCUUAGUAUAGUGUUCUAGACUAUAAAGACUACAUUUUAAGCGGUUUUAAGUUGGGAGACUAAUAUGUAUGUGUACUAGGACAUUUCACAUGUUAAAAGUAUUGUUGUUAACUUAGCCAAGUGGUCUUCGCUCUGUCCCUUACCUUCGUGUAUAUCCGAUACAAGAGUUCAGUAUUCCUGGAAUAUCAUGCACAAUUUUCAUAGCAGAUACCGUCGGUAUGGUUUAUUAGAACAAACGUAUUGAGCCUAGUAAACAAGUAGCGGGACAAAGAAGCAAUGGCCAAACAAACUACUAACCCGUUUAUAUUGGAGUUGACUAACAAUAAAUAAUGAAUUAGUACUUAAAUUUAGACUAAUAGCUUUUGCAAUACUGUAAUUCCUUAAGGGUCAUACAAAUAAAGCAUUUGGUGCGUGUUGAAAGUAAAUGAGUAGUUAAAUGGAAGUGAUUUGCAUCCUCUUAGCCUCUUUUUCUGAUCUAAAUGAUAGCCCACGUUCGAUAUUUGCAUUUUAAAAUUCUAACAUGACUCUGAGGCUUUCUGGUCAUUUUUCUAUAUUUGGUUUGGUUUUCUUUGUGCUCAAGUAUCUUCUCAGGAAAUUGCGCGACAAUGGAGUCGUGAAAAUUUCUAAUUUUAACCCUAAAGCCUCGGAGACAUGUUAGAAUUUUAAUAUAUCGAAGGUGGGCUAAGAGAACAAACGCUGUCGUUUCGCGCCCCUAUCCCCUUUUGUAUUUGGUACACCAAAAUAGAUGCUUUUUCAUUGUUUUGGCACACUAACAUCGUCAUGUGAAAACGAUCCAUAAAUAUGAGAAAGGGCAAUUUCCCCCUCCACAAUUCAACACGCUGCAAGCGUAACCAAGUUAACUUGCCUGUGCUUUGCUUUUAAUAUUUUCGCAAGCUAGUAUCCUGUGGAACAAAAACACGAAUUUCUUCAAGUAAAAACUCCUCAUUUUUAAGCAAAGUUUUAAUAGUAAGUUUUGUAUUAAGGGUGACCGCUUCUAGGCAUAUAUACCCGUGGAAAAUCCUUGUGAAGAAACUGGGUACUGGUGUCCGUAUUUCGAAUCCUUGUCCUUUGCCUUGCUUGACGCUACCGAAUACGCUAUGGCACCAAACACACCAACAGAAAGAACAGUAACCCCUACAAGUAGUCCAAUGGCAAUAGCAGAGUACAUUGCGGCGUUGACCAGAGUCUUAAUGAUGUGGGUUGGUUAUAUCGCGGAAUAGAGAGCAAAUGGUAACUCCGCGUGAGUGACACCGAAAUUUUGGGGCAUGGGGAGACUAGAGAUCACGGGUUUCGAGAAAAAAUGUUGCAGUAGUUAUGCCAAAAAAUCGACACUGGCAGGAUACUGGUAGAAAUUUUGGUCAAAAAUUGAGUAAUUAUUAUGGAAAACGAAAUCGGCCUAUCGCGGGGUAUUGUUCUUUCACUAGUUGGUCCUCUGUGAUGGACUUAAGUUUUCAAUGGAGACAAAAGUACAAUGUUUCCGGCCGUGCCCGACGGUGGAUGGCGCGUUCACGAAAGGCUUCAUCGGAAGAGAUGUUAAUCAGCGACCAACAACUAAAAAUUUAAAUUCUCUUUUAACUCUUUCUUUUUAUAAAUUCAGAGUUUAAUUUCAUUUCCCUUGAGUAGCGGAAUAACCUUCCUUUUCCGUGCAAUAUGCUUUUCUUCCCCACAUGACGCUGACAUUGGCGAGAAUAGACUGUGUGACCAGCUAAAGGAAUGUUUAUGUGUGAGGCAAGGAUCUGGCACUACUGUUUUAUGCUAGUCCGCUUUCCGUUUCUCUCAGUUGUACCUUUCUAAAGCCGUUUUUACAAACAUAGUUCGUAGUGCGCGUUUUACCUAGUCCAUGUUUAUACUCAAUCCGGAGUCCGCAUUUUUUUACCUAAUCCGUGUUUUAUACCUGUCAGCAGUCCAUGGUCCGCAGUCCACAGUCGGUGUUUUGUACUGACCGCAUUUUCCCCCACCCUUUAGUUUGUCUUCGACUCCGUCAGUACUUUUUCAUGGCUAAGGUCAGUUCCGGAAGCGGAAAGAGGGGAACACAAACUGUCGAGCGAAGAGGCUGGAGAAAACUUACCAGAAGAGUUAAAACCUUAGUUAAAGAUUAGAAUAGGAAGGAAACAUUGAACUUGUUUUAAUUUAUAUUUCCAAGGUUAUGAAAUAGAAAGUGCUGACGUCAGCGAAAUAUUUCGCCCCUGCCUGUUACCGCAGUCCCCCUCCCCAGGGGGUGACGACAAAACAUGGACCAGGGGUCCAUGGACCCCCACUUUGGACCGGGUCCAUGGACCACUUUCAUGGACCGGGUCCAUGGACCCCCUGUCAUGGACCGGGUCCAUGGACAGUUUUUUUAAUAAUUAGAAUUGAACAAGAACAGAAAUAGUGCAAAAAUAAGGUUAAAAAACAACAACAACAACAAACAAUGCUCGAUUGAUCAGUAAUGUUUAAUUGUGCUUACAUAGUGUAAAAAAAGGGGGGGUGGGUACCUCAUGCCAAAAUACUGCUUGUUCCAAUGAAUUGUUUUCUCUGAUGGGUAGAUUAUGCUUCGGAGGAAAACCUUUUGACUGAGCAAAUGUGAAUUUUUGCCGCUUAUUUCAUACCAAGAGGUCGUGACAAACAUAUUGAUUUUCUACCUCUUUUAAAAUGUAAAGCUGUUCAUUGCGGCUGAUCAAAAGGGUUUUAGGUUGUUUAUAAAUUUCUCCAAAGUGCAUCCUGGAUCUGAAUAAUUCUAAGCCACUUUCUUUUUGUCCAUGAAUGUCACUUUUUCCUGCAAUGUUUUGUCACGCUGGGCCCAGCUUCUUAGCGCUUUUAGCAGGACGAUUAUAAAUUCUCACGGAUAGUGAUUUACAGAUCCAGAUCUUGAAGAAGAAGAAGUGGCAGGGAUUGUAGCUUAAACUGAAGCUACAUCAACUAUGGAGAAUUGCGAUGUGACUCAGUCAUGAUUGCUCUAAAAGCAAUGUAUUUUAAUUCCAGCUUGUUUUUCUAAGGUGAUGCGAAUCUUUGUACUGGAGCGCGUAAUUCCUCUCUUGGUGAUAACUUUUGAAUCAGCUUAAUUUAACAGUCUUGCGACUGCACAUGUGCAAGCAGAGUGUAUGUCAUGUAAGCAGAACUAAAUAUUUGUGAUCAAUCGUGAGCAUUGGUCGACAGCGUUUCGUCAAAUCUUUUUUUGGCACUAUUUCUGUUUUUGAGUGUCCAUGGAUCUGAUGUAAAACCUUCUUAUAAAAAAAAAAAAAACUGCCCAUGGACCUGGUCCAUGACAGGGGGUCCAUGGACCCGGUCCAUGAAAGUGGUCCAUGGACCCGGUCCAAAGAGGGGGUCCAUGGACCCCUGGUCCAUGUUUUGUCCUCACCCCUCCCCAGGGGAAAAUGCAAAGUUUUACGUCACUUCCUUUAUAUUUCUUGGUAAACUGUUCCUGUUCUCGGAAAAGGUACAAAGGAGAGAUUUUUCUCUAGUUUCCGUAUUUGAUGCGGCAUUUUCAGAGCGCUUUCAUUCGGAGAGCUUCACAAAUUUUAGAGUAGCUUCAGGUACGUAAGAAUUUUUGAAAACUUUCGCUAUUUCUAUGUCAAAACCAAACGAACAAUCUCGAACAAUCAGAUUUGCGUUUUUAUAAUGCAUAAUAAGCCACUGGGAUCCGUCUUGGUUAGGCUUUAUAUGGUGUUAGAAAUUAUCGCUUUUCGCUGUUGCCUACACUACUUUUUGUAAACGAUUUCUCCAGUGUCGGUCAGGGCUCCUUCAGCUUUGAAAACGAUGCUUUGAUCUCCGCUGAGUAUUUGGGGGCUUAACGUUUAUGGCGUUUUAUAUCUCUUAAUAGUCUUGAGGAAGUGGCCUUGUGAAGCUUAAGUGGGUGUUGGAACUAGCGACAUUUGCCAAGGGAAUUUCGCGUUUUUUGACGGUGAAGGUGAGCCAUACAUGCUUAAUUUAUCACAUAAUUUAAUAGAUUUUUGCUAGCCUAAGUAAUAGUGUAUCUCUCUUGCGGACACAACUGAAAAAAAUUUGUUAUUUCUCAGCAGUUGACGACAAAAAGUUUGACUCCAACUCAGAUUGUCGGUUAAGAAUAAGCUUACUGAGUUUCCUCAGUGUCGAUUUGCUAAUGGAUAAACUAAAAUAAAGAUCAACCGCGAUUGUCUGCACUUCAUGAAGUUUCUCACCGCUGUGGAGCAGUUGUUUUUCUCAGCCCAAGAUAACCACACCAAAUCCUAUAAAUGACAAUGAAAAUCAGUAUAGUUUAUGUUGCUGCAUAUAAUUAUAUCAAAUAAAAUUCUUGGUUGCUUGAGAAAUUGUAGUCGAGACUUUUUAUCGAGGUAACGCAUUUCUUAAUGUCCGUCCAUCGUUUCCUUAGGACUACGAAACUAGGAAUUACUUGUGUUACUUACACCAACUGCCUGUGUUUGACGCCAUUCAUUCGGGUAGUAAGCCUGUAAAGAUGGCGCCUGUAAAGAUGGGAGAACACUGACUGGUUAUUUUUCGACGAGCUGGGGUGCUGAAGCUAAGACGAGAUUCGUUAACAACAAAGUGGUAGACAAAUGAUUUAUUAAACAAGAGAUAAGUUAAAUUAUCAGGUUACAGAACUUAGAUGUACUGACUUAUUUUGCCUUGUCCUCUGUAUGCUGAUUUACUUGAUUUACUUGUACAAAUGCUCCGUGGUCAAUGUGUAGACAACUCUCUGUGCUUAGUUAAGGGUCAGACUGAUCAGGAAAAUGUUUUUAAUUAGUUUAGAGCCUCAUUUGUAACAAAAUGCCAUAUUUUUAAGCAAGUAAGGUAAAUUAAGAUGACUUAAUAAGGCGACUUUUGUUCGAUUUUAGGGGCCCAGAGUAGACUUUUUUUCUCUGAUCUUUAAUCAGUAAAAACGACAAAAAAAAUCAACAAAGGCUGUAACUGAGAGGACUAUGUUGCCUUCCUUUAACUUAAAUAAGUACAUUUCUCGGAAAGAAGCAAAAGAUUUCUCUGAAUUAUCGUAAUUAUGACUUCCUGUUUCGAUCUUGAGCAAGCCGGCACUUCCUGAAACUGGCCGCAAAGUGUUUAUCAUUCUGCGCAGACUACGUAAGUAUGGCAAGUGCAGGGUUCGAUGUUAUUGAUACCCCACGUCACGGUAAACUAUAAUAUCACUGUUUGCAAAAAGGCCAAAAAACUGAAAAUGAACAACUAACGGAAAAAAGGUAAAUUCAAGGUUCAAGUUUAUGGACCUCACCAGACAUGAGAACAACGGCUUGUGGUAUAAAAACUGUGCACCACAAUUAACAGUUCGUUUUUACCACACAGCAAAUGAAAGCUAGACCAUAGAGCCGUGCCCUUUCCUGCCCCUUGCGAGCUGUAAAAGUCCCCUUCAAAUCGAUAAGAAUUAAAACAACAAGGCCGAUAGUUAGUGAGGUCUAUAUCUUGAAUCCUUAGGAAAUGGAUGAUCCGGAAAAAGGGGAGGUCAGUAUUCACGAUCUUGUUGAUGCCACACGUGAGGUAAACUAUAAUUUUACCAGUGUUUGCUCAUUAUGGGUAGAGGUUUGGGCAAUAAAAACGCACAGCCAAAAAAAGAGAAUUCGAGGCUGAGUGUAUUGAUCUCACCAGGCUUAACAGGGCACAACAACGGCUUGCGGAUUAUUUAUUGUGCACGCCACGUAAGCGGAUCCUUUUCCCACACAGCAAAUGAAAGACGCCCUUACUAAAUCACGUCCCCAUCUUUUUUCGUUUUGGCACGUCCACGUCCCCUUCCAGCUCCUUCAAAUUGAUAAGAAUUAAAAAGACAGGGCCGAUGGUCAGUUUAACUUGCUACAACUUGUACUUUGAAUCUAUUAUAUAUAAUAACCAAACAAAAACUUUUUGAAUAACUUAAAUCCUCAGGAAAUGGAUGAUGGAAAAGAGGACGUCAACAUUCUCGAUCUUACUGCAAGUGAGGUAAACUAUAAUUUCAUCGGUUUGUUCGACCAGAACCAACUGCAGAAAGAAAUUAAUAGGAAGUUUGGGAAGUAUGUUUAUAGGCGUUGCCUAGGCCAAGGGCAUAAAGAGCAGCUUGACGAACAUUUAUACUAGCCGUGUUGCCUCGUUGAACAGUUCCUUUUCCAACAAAGCAAAUGAGAGAUAGAUCAUACUUUACCCGGUGGAUAACGUUCCCUGUUCUUUUGCAACAGUAUAGUUUGUUUAUUCUUGUUUUUGCUUUUUCCCCCUUUUCUUUUAAUUUGUUUGUCAAGUACCCUUCAAACCCUCAAACUGAUAGAGACUAUAUUUAUAAGAUAAGACCAAGGGUCUAAAGUGUCAUAUAACUAGUCUGAUUUUCUGCCUUUAAAAAGAUGACGUUUGGUUUUGUAUUAUAUAUAACUAUGUACUUGAAUCGGUAGGAAAUGGGUGAUGGAAACGAGGACGUCGACAUUCACGAUCAUCCCCUUGCUGUUGCUUCAAAUGAGGUGAACUAUUGUUUUAUCAGUGUUUGCACAUAGGAAGAGGUUUGUUCAGCAAAAACGAACAGCUAUGAAAAGGGCGUCAGAUUUAUGGACCUCACCAGACUUGACAUGGGUAAAAAAACUGUGGGUCAAUUGCUGUGCGUCCUGUUUAAGCAGUUCCUUUCCUCAUGACGGUAAACAAAAGGUAAACCAUAGUACUGUACCAGGUAGACAAUGGUAAAAAGGUCUCUUCAAAUUGACAGGGAUUCAAAAGACAAGCGGACGGUCAGUCUGAUCAGUGUAGUACAACUUGUGUGAUUGUGCUUUCAGUUUAAAAGGGCGACCUUUAAUUUUUUUUUAAUACACUUGAAUCCGUAUAGGAAAUGGAUGAUGGAAAGGACGAUCUUGCAGAUGCAUCACGUGAGGUAAACUAUUAUAAUUUCAUCAGUGUUUACAUAUAGGCAGAGAUUUGCUCAUUAAAACGCACAGCCAGAAAAUUACUUGACAGGGUUAUAACUGGACCAUUUACAGAGCUAAGUACCAUAGUUAACAUUUUAACGUCCCUAUUGCUCUUUUCGAAAGGUAAUUUCUUCCUUUUCUUUACCCCCUUUAAUUUGUAAGAUAAAGAUUAAAAAAAGAAAGUCCGACCGUCCGUAAAAACGUCUUAAGUGUAGCACAACUUGUGUGAUUUUCUGCCUUUAAAAACGUGACAUUUGUGUUUUCGUAGGACACGGAUGAUCGAAAUGACUCAGAGGACAACAUUCUCGAUCUCGCUGAUGCCCCACGUGAGGGAAGCUGUGAAUUUAUCGGUUUUUGCAUAUAGGCGGAGCUUGUGCAACAAAAAAAAAAUACCGAAGAAGAAGAAUAUUCAAACUUGAGAGGUGCAAAACAAAAGCUUGCGCCGAUCAUUUAACAGUCGCUUUUUCCACGCACCAAAUGAAACACAGAUCAUAGUACCGUUGAUAACUUUUAGCCUGCUAUGUUCGAACAGUAGUUUCUUAUGUUUUUCCUUCUUUGGUUUAAUGUUCCCUGGUCUCCCCUUGAAAUGUGUAAGGAUUAAAAAACAAUGGCGAUAUACGUAAAGUGUGAUACAACUUUGGUGAUUUUCUGCCUUAGUCAAAAAGACAUCCAAUUUUGUUGUUGGAUAUACUUAAAUCCGUAGAAAAUCGAUGGUGGAAAAGAGGACGUCAACAUUCUUAUACUGGGGGAGACUGGAGUGGGCAAGUCCACAUGGAUCAAUGGAAUCGCCAACUAUUCCAAGCAUAACUCUCUGCAACAUGCCAUGGAUGAUCCUGAAUUCACUGUCUUAAUUCCUUCAAGGUAAAGUACAGUUACGUAGUCGGUUUAACAUAUUAAAUGAAUAGGCCGAUACAACUGCAUUAAUUAAAUUGUCACUAGAGCUACCAAAGUGGCAAUUAAAGUGGUCUUACUCUUUAAUUUUCAUUCUCAGAUUUAUUUUCACAAAUGAUGAAGGAGAAGAGGUGGACAUCAUAAUUGGAGCUGAUCCAAAUGAGGAUCUCAAAAGUCUUGGACAGUCUGCUACCCAGUUCCCUCAAGAGCACAUCAUUGAAACAGAAAGGGCAAGGUUCCAUCUCAUUGACACCCCGGGCAUUGGCGAUUGCAGAGGUAUCCAGAAAGAUAAGGAGAAUUUCGAGAACAUCUUGGCCUUUCUAACCUGCUAUGAUAAGAUUAAUGCAGUGGUUGUGCUUCUGAAGCCAAACAACUCAAGGAUGACCGUGGCUUUCAGGUUCUGUGUGCUAGAACUUUUGACCCACCUCCACAAGUCCCUGGCGUCGAACAUCAUCUUCGCCUUCACAAACUCCAGAGGAACCUUCUACAGACCGGGGGACAGUCUACCAGUUCUCAGACGGCUCCUAAAGGAGAGAAACAUCAACAUCACACUCUCUCCGUCAACCUAUUUUUGUUUUGAUAAUGAAGCAUUCAGGUACUUAGCGCGGAGUCAUUCUUUGACUAAAAUGUGUAGAAGCAUAAUAAAAAAAAGCCGAGAGUACAAGUUCAGGAUUCAGGCAGAAAUACAUUCCAUUUCUUUGAAUUACCACGGCGGAAAAAGACAAGCUAUGUAGCUUAUUUAAAGUAAAUCAUGGAGACACCCCAGACUGACUAUUUCUUAAGUCUUAGUUUUUAGAUGAUCGUUCUUAAGCAUUAUAGUCCGAUAAAUAUGCUAACGCCUCUCCAAAAAUGCUUUUUAACAUUAAUUACUCUCUUUAAAGUAAUUUUCAAAUUAUAUUAGCGAUUUUUCUUAAUUUCGUGGCUUUAUAAUUAAUAGCUCUUUAUUUUCAAUGACAGGUUCCUAGCCUGCCACAAGAAUGGAAUUCAGUUCACAUAUGAAGAAGUUGACCUCUUCUCGAAAAGCUGGGAUAAGUCAUGCGACACAACUUGCGAGCUUUUUGAUCUCGUUACAGACAUGCAGCCCCACGAGACUAAGAAGACCCUAAGCCUGAACGAGGCGAGGAACUACAUAAUUGCCAUGAGCAAACCAAUGGGUGAAGCUGUUGAACUGAUUGAGAUGAACGUGAAGAAGAUCAAUGAAGUCAAAGAACAAUGCAGGCUCUUCGACGUUGACAUCGAGCGCUUUCAAGCCGAACUCAAGUUUAAAGGCUUCGACCGGGUAGUGACUCACCUGCACUAUCCAAUGACUGUUUGUGCAGACACCGCAUGCAAGAAGUAUGUGAAUGUAGGAAUGUCAAGGGAGAGGGAAACAAUAUAUCCACAGAUUUGCCACAACCACUGCUACCUAUCAGGAGUUCCAGUCGAAACUACCAACAAUGAACAGCUUCAUGGCUGCGCGGCAAUGUCUAACGGGACUUGCGUACAGUGUAGGCACAACUACAGAAGUCACAUGCAUAUCACUUAUACUACUACCCUGGUAGAGAAGGAAUUCCUAUCAUCCGACGCACAGAGUAAGAUUGCCGAAAAGACCAACUUGAAGGAUCAGAAAGAAUCGUUUAUCGCAAAUUUAGAGCGCAGCAUCAAAGAACUUCAAGAGGAAAAGGAGUUCAUUUAUGAAUGUGCCGGCCGCUUUGGCGUAUUUCUCAAGGAGAAUGCCAUGAUUCCCUAUAAUGACUCCUUUAAAGAGUACCUUGAUAUGCUGAUUAGGGACGAAGAGGCAAGGGAGCAAGAGAUAAGAGACGACGAAAAGAUCGCUCAACUGAAGAAGGACAAGAAGACAUAUGAGCAGAAGAAGAAAAUCAUUAUGGAGAACAUUCAGUCGGGAUGUCAAGGCGGGGAAAAUCUCAUCUCCAUAGAAGCGAUCUAUAAAAUGAAAGAAAAGCUUUGUCGCCUGAAGCACAACGGGGAAGCUUUGAGGAAAGCCCUAGGUACAUUGUAA